GCUGAGCGCUCCUUUUAUCGGUCAUCAAAACUCUGGGCACACCACCUUUUCCACCAAAAUAACAAUUUUUAUUUGUAAGUUUAAACAAAAAUCAGCGAUAUGAGCGAAGCCGCCGUGGCUCUGGAGGCAGACGGAGCCGUCACAGAGAGAAUGGUAGCGAACAACAAGAUCCACUUCUCCAAGGAGGUAAAGCAGGUCAUAGACAAGGUCCUGAAAACGGAUGAUCCCAUGGAUGCACCGGAUUUCAACACCGUGGACUACAUCAAUCAGCUCUUUCCCAACGAGCAGUCUCUGGUGGGCAUCGAUGAGACCAUCCAGAAAAUGCAGUGCGAGGUAUCCCUGAUUGACGACAACAUCCGAUCCGUGGUGCGUGGCCAGACAAACACUGGCCAGGACGGGCAGGUGGCGCUGUGCGAGGCCCAGAAAGUGAUCAGUUCGCUGUUCAGCCACAUCAUCGACGUAAAGUCGCGGGCGGAGCGCACGGAGGAGAUGGUCAAGGAGAUCACCCGGGACAUCAAGCAGCUGGACUGCGCCAAGCGCAAUCUCACCGCUGCGAUUACGACGCUGAACCACCUGCACAUGCUGGUGGGUGGGAUCGACAGCCUCAACAAGCUCAUCGAGCGGCGUUCCUAUGGCGAAAUCCUGAAUCCUCUGCAGGCCAUAACCGAGGUGAACCAGCACUUCCAGCAGUUCUCCGACAUCGAGGAGAUCAAGAAUCUCUCCCAGAGCGUGGACAAAAUCCAGGUUACUCUGGCCCAACAAAUCACCGAAGAUUUCAAAGAUGCGUUUUCCGCAAAGCCUGCGGGUCAAAACCAGCAUCGCUUGGGCCUGAACCAGCUGGCUGAUGCCUGCAAAGUGAUGUCGGUGCUCGAUCCGAAGGUAAAGAAGGAGCUGCUCAAGUGGUUCAUUGCCCAGCAGCUGGAAGAGUACAUGCACCUGUUCCAUGAGAACCAGGAUAUAGCCUGGCUGGACAAGAUAGACAAGCGAUACGCCUGGCUCAAGCGCCAUCUCCUUGAAUUCGAGGACAAGUACGGCCCGGUCUUUCCGUUGGACUGGGAGGUCUCCGAGCGGAUAACCGUAGAGUUUUGUCGGCAGACGCGGGAACAGCUCUCUCAGGUCAUGGCCAAGCGCAACAACGAGAUCGACGUGCGGCUGCUGUUGUUUGCCAUCAAUAAGACACAGGCCUUUGAGCAGCUGCUGUCCAAGCGCUUCACGGGAGUCACGCUGGGAGCCACGGCGGCGGAUCAGGCUCGGGCGCUGGCUGAGCCAUCUGUAACGGAUGCCCCCGCGGGCGUCACCAUCUUCCACGACCAAAUCGGGCAGUGCUUCAAGCCGCACCUGGAUAUAUAUAUACGCAGCAUUGACCGCAACCUCGCCGAACUUAUGGAUAAAUUUGUGGAAAUGUCCCGCGAGCCGUUCAAGUUUGCCGAGGCCAAGACAACCGUGUACCCCAGCUCCGGGGACUUAUUUGUCUUCUACAAGAAGUGCAUGGUGCAAUGCAAUCAGCUGAGCAAUGAGCAGCCGAUGUACGACCUCGCCCUGGUGUUUAAGAAAUAUCUGCGGGAGUACGCCGCCAAGGUACUCGAGGGCAGCACCCCCAAGCUGGUGCCGGCCACCACAGGCAGUUCCAUUGGCAAGAGCGUAUCACUGCUCACCCGCGACAUGCAGAACUUGUCGACGGCCGCUGGGCAAGUGUUUCACAAUUUCUUGAAGGAGGGCGAUACGCAGCGCUUCUCUCGCGACGACUUGAUGCGCAUCUGCUACGUCCUGACCACCGGCGAGUACUGCCUAGAGACUGUCCAGCAAUUGGAGGACAAGCUGAAGGAGAAGGUGACCUCCGCCUAUGUGAGCAAGAUUGACAUGAGCGAGGAGAAGGAUGUGUUUCAUCGCAUCAUCUCCAACUGCAUCCAGCUGUUGGUUCAGGAUCUGGAGGCCGGCUGCGAGACUUCCCUGCAGACGAUGUCCAAGGUACAGUGGCAGCACAUCAACAACGUGGGCGACCAGAGCGCCUUCAUCAGCAGCAUCUGCGCCAACUUUAAGCAAACAGUGCCCACCAUCCGGGACACGUUGGCCAGCUCGCGCAAGUACUUUACGCAGUUUUGUCAUCGCUUUGUGGCCGCCUUCAUACCGAAGUUCAUCAACGUGCUGUAUCGCUGCAAGCUAACGCUCUCGGACGGCUCCAACAAUGUUUUGGGCUGCGAGCAAUUGCUCUUAGACACCCACUCGCUGAAGACUGCACUCCUGGAGCUGCCAUCGGUGGGGUCCAGUGUUAACCGCAAGGCGCCCACCAGCUACACGAAGGUGGUUGUCAAGGACAUGACGCGUGCUGAAAUGAUCAUUAAGGUGGUGAUGACGCCGGUCCAGCCGCCGGCACACUUCACCCAGCAGGUUUUGAAGCUGCUCCCGGACAUCACCAUUGCGGAAUAUCAAAAGAUUUUGGACAUGAAGGCGGUCAAGCGGGUAGAUCAGCUGCAGCUUAUCGAUCUUUUCAAACACACGGCUUCGGCAGCCGCGGUUAGUGGCCUAAUAGAGUCGACGGCUGCGGAUGAGGAGGCCCAGGGCACUGAGGCCCCGGCAGCGGGAGCUUUGGCAGCCAUCGAAGAACCUGAACAAUCGUUGGCAACAGCCGAAUCCAGCACAAUCACCUCGACUACGACAACGGCAUCAUCAUCCACACCCAAGCGAGCGUUCAUCUUCAGCGUCGGCAGCUUUACGGGCAGUGCGGACAAAAAUGCCGAUGGCAGCUCCCAGACGGGAAUCCGGAAGCUGGAGAGUCUGCUAAAGAAGCGGUUUCCUUAGUCCACCUACCUACUAGAUAUCACUCUUCUGACAUCAUUCCGUUGCGUUUGACAAUAUUCUUAAAACAUUUGCUUAACUUAUUGUAUAUUUCUGGGGUUAAUUCUAUAAUAGUUCUGUAGUUUACUUUUGUAUUGUUUGCAGUCCAUCCAAGUCCUUACCAAAUGUUGAAUAAACAUUCGCCUUUUGUGUAUUAACAAGCAAAA